AUGAGGAGGAUCAAGAUUCCUCUUCCUCCCGUUGAUGAGAAGAAAAAAGUAAUUGAGGAUGUUGACAAAGACAGAAGAUAUGCUAUCGAUGCCUCUAUUGUGCGUAUCAUGAAGAGUCGGAAAGUUUUAAAUUACCAACAGUUAGUUAUGGAGUGUGUUGAGCAGUUAGGUCGCAUGUUUAAGCCUGAUGUCAAGGCAAUUAAGAAGCGGAUUGAAGAUUUGAUUUCUCGAGACUACUUGGAAAGAGACAAAGAUAACGCAAAUCUGUUCAGGUAUUUGGCAUGAUUUGGUCUUGACGAAUUUGCAAACGAAGAUGUGGUUACUGCAGUUGCUACAAACAGCAAAGCAAGAGGAUCAUAUUUGAACAUGCAAAUCAUCGGUUCCUCCAUAAUUUCCUUGGAAAGAGGAGCUGCGAGUGCUUGUACAUUUUGCCUCCAUAUCCAGGUAUGGAUUACUACUGUAGAUGUGUGCCCAUGUUGGAGAAGUUGUAAUGAAUUCCAUAAGUAGGUCCAGCUCACUUUCACUGGCACCUUCAUCCUUUUUCUUUCGAUUGCUGCAGUUCCAUAUUAUAUGACUUAGUUGAUCCUGUGUUAAUUAUUUCUCCCAACCCACAUAAAAGGAAAUAGAAAUCGUGUAACUCUAGUUUCAGUUAAAUUGUAGUUUGAUUGUCAUCUUCCAAACCAUCAAGUGAAUGGGUAUCUCAAGUAUUUCAAGGUCAAUGUGAUUACUCUCCUCCCA